AUGAACUUUUUUGGAUCAAAAUCAUCCUCAAACAGCCAACAGGGAACCAUCAACGGCUCCUCGAAUAAUAACAAUAAUAAUAAUAAUAGUACUUCUAAGAGAAUACCCCCAAAUGCCUUUUUCCCAAAUUUUUCAACUCAUAUGGCUACACCUACAACAGCCAUUAGUCAAAAUUCUUACGCUAUGGGAACAACGGGCAUCACUUCAGAAAAUGUACUAUCACGAAUGAAAUCUAUGAAUGAACCAACAACACAUCCAGAUCAUCACCAUCAACAUCAAUACCAGAAUUUAAGUUCAUCUUCUAAACCUAGCAUAAUAACAUCAUCUGUAUCGGAUUCAAAUACAGUAUCGUCUUUCUCUUCUUCAGAAGCUAUUAGACAAGCUGCUGCUGGAGGUAUCAUUACCACUGCUACUGCUACUGCUACUGCUACUGCUACUGCUACUGCUACUGCUCCUUCUACAUCAUCUUCUUCGAGACUACAACCUAUAUCAAAUAAUAAUAUUAAUAACCAAAAUGCAAUCCCUACUGCUGGUCCAGGUACUGACAUACCAAGGGGUAAAUUAGAAGUAACCAUAGUGGAAGCCAAAAACUUAUUCACAAUAUCAAAUGAUUCUCAACCAUAUGUAGUUUGUACUUUUGAAAGUUCAGAAUUCAUUUCAAAUGGUCCAGAAUCAGUUAAUAAUAACAAUCCACAUUCUAACACUAAACGCACUAAUAAUGGAUUACCCGUAAUCAAAGAAUAUCUUAAAAAGAAACCAGUAUAUACCCAUAGAUCAUCCUCACAAUUAAAUAGACUAACAGAUGAUGAUACUAAUAAUAAUAAUAAUAAUAAUAAUAAUUCCACAACAGUAACAAACCAACAACAACAACAAGAAGAUAAUAAACAACAACACCAAGAAUUAUUAACAAAUUGUUCAAACCCAAUAUGGCAUCAUAAAACUACAUUCGAUGUCCUUGGAGCUCAUUCAGAAUUAGACAUAUCAGUCUAUGAUGCUGCUCAUGAUGAUAUGUUCCUAGGUCAAGUAAGAUUACGUCCCAAGAUUCAUACAACAAAUUACGCAUCACAAGAUCAAUGGCAUACUUUACAAAGUAGAGUCCUUAACGAAAAAGUCACUGGUGAAUUAUUAAUUAAAUGGGAAUAUACCUCUACUAAGAAGAGACAUUAUGGACCCAAUGAUUUCGAAGUGUUAAGAUUGUUAGGUAAGGGUACGUUUGGUCAAGUUUAUCAAGUGAAAAAAAAGGAUACUCAACGUAUUUACGCUAUGAAAGUAUUAUCUAAGAAAGUCAUUGUGAAGAAAAAUGAAGUUGAUCAUACUAUUGGUGAAAGAAAUAUCCUCGUCACUACAGCGUCUAACGCAUCACCAUUUAUUGUUGGUUUGAAAUUCUCUUUCCAAACUCCAACUGAUUUGUAUUUAGUUACUGAUUUUAUGAGUGGUGGUGAAUUGUUUUGGCAUUUACAAAAAGAGGGGAGAUUUACUGAAGAUAGAGCUAAAUUUUAUAUUGCUGAAUUAGUACUGGCAUUGGAAUAUUUACAUGAUAAUGAUAUCGUUUAUAGAGAUUUGAAACCAGAAAAUAUUUUAUUGGAUGCUAAUGGUAAUAUUGCAUUAUGUGAUUUCGGUCUUUCUAAAGCUGAUUUGAAAGAUCGUACAAAUACUUUCUGUGGUACUACGGAAUAUUUAGCUCCUGAAUUAUUAUUAGAUGAAUCAGGGUAUACUAAGAUGGUUGAUUUUUGGUCCCUUGGUGUUUUAAUUUUUGAAAUGUGUUGUGGUUGGUCUCCAUUUUUCGCUGAAGAUAAUCAAAAAAUGUAUCAAAAGAUUGCAUUUGGUAAAGUGAAAUUCCCAAGAGAUGUCUUAUCACCAGAAGGUCGUUCAUUCGUUAAGGGUCUAUUAAAUAGAAAUCCAAAACAUAGAUUGGGUGCCAUUGAUGAUGGUAGAGAAUUAAGGGCACAUCCAUUUUUCGCUGAUAUAGAUUGGAAAUUAUUGAAAGAGAAAAAAAUCCCACCUCCAUUUAAACCACAUUUAGUUUCGGAAACAGAUACAUCUAAUUUUGAUCCAGAGUUUACUCAAACCUCCACAUCAUAUAUGAAUAAACAUCAACCAUUAGCAGCUACACCUUUAUCUCCUGCCAUGCAAGCUAAAUUCGCUGGAUUUACAUAUGUGGAUGAAUCAGCUAUGGAGGAUCAUUAUGCAAGUACUUAUAACAAUCGUAAAUUUUUACAAAGUUCCUAUUAUAUGGAACCUGGUUCAUUCAUUCCAGGUAAUCCAAAUCUACCACCAGAUGAAGAUGUUAUAGAUGAUCAUGAAGAGGAAGAGAAUUACGGGCCUACAAAGAAUGAUGACGGGACUGAUUUCGAUGGAGAUCAACAUAUGGACGAUGAAUUCGUAAGUGGGAACUUCGAAAUAUGA